AACGACUAUCGGUAUUGAAGUCAGUGUAAUCGAUGUUUCUUUUUGUCACCAAUGCGUUAAUCAAUACAACGAAGUGAUAUACUGUAUCAUAUUAAACAAUCCAAGUUGAUCAUUAUAAUCAUUGAGGCAGGUUUAUUCAUCAUUUGUUAAUCAAUGGAUCACAAUGUGCAUUUUGUGUUGUUUUUUUUUUUGUACAUCUAGUUCUCGAAACAUCAUUUGAAUAAGAAAUAAUUAAAGUCAUUAUGAAAUAAUAGUUCAUCAUAUUUCGUACAUUUACAAUGUCAUUUAAUAAUGAAACUUAUAAUUUAUCAACUUCAUUAUCUAAUGAAACUGAAAAAUUAACCAGAAUAACUAAUGACAAUUGUUCGUUAUUCAGUAAUUACGAAUUCAUUAAAUUAUCAAAUUCUUAUCCAUCUAUUAACUGGAAUAGUAAUAUCACAUAUACAAAAUCAAAUUUAUAUACAAAUGAAUUACAAAAUGAAUUGAAUUCACUAACAGAAUCAAAUAGAUUUCAUUCCAUUAAAUGUAUAAACGAUGACAAUGAAACUUUGACAAAUAUGAAUACUGGGAAUCCAUUAGAUUAUUCUAUAAAUUCUUUAAUCGAUGAAAAAGAAAAAUCAUCUUUUUUAACUGAUUCUAAUUAUGAUCAUAAUUUGAUUCAAUAUUCAAAUAAAAAUAAUAAUAUAAGCAACACAUCACCAUCUACUUGUUCAAUUGAACAUACUUCGAACACGAUAAAAAAUGAGACCAAAAGUUCUAAAAUGAAUGAAAAACUUACAUUGAAACGUAGAUAUUCCAAAAAUCUUUCAAAUUCAUCUGCUAAACAUUCUAAGAAGUAUAUGAGAGUAGAUAAUAAUAAUAAUAAUAAUAAUAAUAAUAAUAAUAAUAAUAAUAAUAAUAAUAAUAAUGAUACUGGACAAACUAAUUUCAUUAGUGAUCAUAGUAACCAAAAUAGUAAUAUUAGUCAUUUUUCAACGACUGAACAAUUAUACACCGAUAAUUUAGUCAAAGAAACAUCAGUUUUAAAUAAGGCUGUUGUUUCUACAAUCGAAUGGAAAACGAAUAAUAAUAAUAAUAAUAAUAAUAAUAAUACCGAUUUUAAAGGGCAUAAUAAAAAUUCCAUGGAUAGCAUAAAAUUAAAUAAAACUGUUCAGUCAGAUAACCAAAAUAUUCUAUUUAAUGAUAACCACAAUGAAAUCAAUAUUAAUAAUGAUGAUGAUAACAAUGAUACAAAAAUGACCACAAUCUCCACAGGAGCUUAUAAAUAUUUAAGUUGGCGUGAGAAAGAUCGUAGACGAAGAUUUCGUGAAGAAUGGAAACAUUUAUGGCUUGUUAUACCAUAUGGACGUUAUGAGGUUAUGUGCCUUGUAUGUCACAAAGUUAUGACACAAAGAAAAUUAGAUACAAUUAAACGUCAUAAUGUUCGACGACAUAUUGAAUUACAAGGAAUGUCUCAUAUAGAAAGACAAAUCUUAUUUGAUAAAUUAUUAAAACAACAUAAUAUACAUAAUGAAACAAUUACAAGUACAUCAGAUAUUUUAUCAAAUAAACUAACUAGUAAAUCAAAACCUAAAUAUAAAUCUACAUUUAAUAAUCAUAAUCAUCAUAAUACAAUUAACUCUUUAAAUGAUAAAGAUUCAAAUGAGAUGGUCAAUGAUUUAUUACAACAUACAAGUAAUUGGUUAACUAAUCCAAGUUCUGAAAUAAAUCAAGUACCAAAUUCAAUGAUUAAAAGUUAUACAUCAUCAAUUAAUUUACCAUUUUCUGAUCAUAUACCAUACAAAAGAAAUAAAAAGUUAUUUAAUAAAAAAGAUAAAAAUUUGUAUAAAACUACUGAAUUGAUAGAAAAUACUACUAAUAAAAAUAAGAAAUAUUUAUCAAAAAAAUUACAAAAAAACAAUUCACAUUAUUCUUUAUGUAAUUCUAUAGAAAACUUAAAUGAUAAUUGUAACCUAUCUGUCAGUACAAAUCCUUUUCAAAGAUUAUCAUUGAUUGAAUGGAAAAAUUAUUUUGAUUCAUUAAAUAUUUCUAAUUUAGGCGAUCAAUUAAAAACAAAAUCCGAUCAAAAAUCAUUUAUCUCAAAUGUUACAUCAUCAAUUUCAACUAUACCUUAUAUAUCAACUAAUUGUUCUUUACCAUUUCUUUCAUAUUCUACAUCUGUUUUAUCAUCUAAUGAUGAUAUAGAACAAUUGAAACAAUUUAUAAAACCUUUUAUUCCAUUAAAUUAUAAUCUAUAUUCACAAUCAUUAUUAUCAUCUACAAAAUUAUCAUCAUUAUUUUUACCAACAACAUGUCAUACAAUGGAUAAUUCAAAUAAAUGUAUAAUACCUAGACCAAGUAAUGAAUUAAAUAGUACUACUAUAAAUGAUAACAUAUUUAAUACUAAUUUCAUAAAUUCAAUAAAUAAAAGAAAUCAAAAUAUUCCAUUGAAUAUUGGAGAACAUACUGUAAUGAAUGAAUAUAAUAAGAUAAUAUCAGAUGAAUCUUCAGAAAUAAUAGUCGAGGAAAAAUUAAAUGGUAAGAAUUAUCCAUCAAACAAUAAUAAUAGUAAUACGAAUGAGGAAAUAUCUCCAGUAAACCAGUCUAAUCUAUUAGAUGUUAAUGAACGUUUAAAAUGCUUAAGAUCAUCAUCAUCACAUUCGUCAAAUGAUUCAAAUUCAAAUAUCGCUGAACUAUCUUCAUUCAUGAUGGCUUCUUGGAUUGCAUCUAUUGAAAAUUCAUCCAAAACUUUAAAUUCCAAAUUAGUUAAUGAAAAUUAUUCAAAUUUACCUGAAUCUAAUUGGAAUAUUCAAUCAACUAGUAAUUCAAAUCAAUUAAUUAUAAUUAAACCAACAGAAAAAUUCACUUUUUCAAAAUGUUCAAUAGAUUCAUUUCAAAAUGAUCAUCAAGAAAUGAAUCAACAAACUAUUUCUUCAACAAAUUUUAAAUUAAAUAAAAAAUCUAAUUCAAAUUUAAAUAAAUUUACUAUUUCAUCUUUAUUAAAUACAGAAAUAAUCGAUAAGAAAAAAAUUGAAUUAGAAAAUAUAGAAAAUGAUCAUUAUAUUGAUUCAUUUCAAAUAUGUAAUCAUAAACAAGAAACUACAAAAUUUAUAUCUAAUUCUCAAUGUCUUUCAUGACAUGUUUUUGUUGUUGUUAUUAUUCAAUCUAAUCUAUCGGGUUAUAUAUAUAUAUAUGUACAAAAAUGUCUUGGUAACCAGUAAUCUUUUCAAAAUAGAUUGAUACAUUCAAAAGAAAAUAAUUAAGUUAUAUUAAUGAUAUAAAUGAUUGUAAUCCUAUGGAUCAUUUUAAGAAUUAAGAUCAGAAUAUCAUUUAUCCUUGAACUUAGUAACUAUAUGAUUAGAAAUGGAAUAAAUCAAUUUCAUAUAAGAUAAUAAAUACUACUCAAUAUAUUUGUCAUUAUUGUAUUAUUGAAAUUAAUUGAAGAUGCAGAAAUUCAAUAAGUCUUUAUUGUAUGUACAUUGAUAAAGCAAUUUCCUCAAAAUAUUCAGUUCUAAAGUAUUUUUAUGAAUAAUGAAUCUUGGCUGAUAAUUAAAAGAUAAUAUCUAAAAAUGGACAAAACAAUCAAUAUUCAUUAUUUUUCAUUAAAUAAUAAAAUUCAUCCAAUAAUGAAAACACUUUAAUUAAUUCACAGAAGAAUAAUAAAGAAACAUCCCUUAGUGAUACCAAAGAACAUAAAUGAUCAUUCAAAUGUGAUUAAUAACUAUUAAUAAAAGAGUUAAAUUUUCUGACGAAAAAAACCACUGAGAACACGUUAAUUGAAUAUAAUCAAUACAGAAUCAAAUACUCAUUUAAAUCUUUUAUUCAUUUACAACACCAAAUCUUGUAAUAUACCGUUAGAGAAGAAGUAAACAAAAUAAUAACUUAUGAAUUCAAUUUGUUUUCAUUUAAUAUGUUCAAUAUUGUAAACAAUCAUUAAAACCUACUAAUAACACAGGUUGUUGAUUCAAUGAUACAAUGUAAAAAUGAUUUAAGAUUUAUAAUGUAUGUUUCAAUCUAAUUGUGAUCCUGUUCUUUCCAAGAUCAAAACUAUCAAGUAAUCUAAACUUAAUGUUAUUGUUUCGAAAAAGUUUCAUUGCUUCCUUUUGAGACAUCCUGGUCCAUUUUUUGUACAAAAUUUGAAUUUCCUUUCUUUUAAAAAAAAAACAAAAACAAUUCAAAAUAAACUAAUCAAUUUAGAACUUAUCAAUCAUUGAUUGUUCAUAUACUUCUUAUUUCUUUUUCUUUUUCUCAGUUCCUUUUUUGUUUUGUUUUUUUUUUGGAUUUUGGAUGUUCUAAUGAAUUACAAUGUAGGAAAUGAUCGAUAUUAAGUAAUUAUAUCUUCAUAGAGUUUAUUAUGCUGUUAGGAAAUUUCAUUUUUAUAGGUUUUAAAAGUAUUUUUUGUUCUUUUCCUCAUCUUCUUCUUCUACAUUGACUAGAAUCAUUACGUAAUUAAUGAAACGAUGUAAAAUAAAAGUGAAGUUUAUUAAUGUAUUACAUAAGAGUUUUUGAAUUAUUAUUUUAGUAAAAUGUUUAUCAUCAAUUUUGCUAAUCUAGUCUAUUUAUCUUGUGGACAUAUUAAAAUAACUAACUUGAUAUGAAAAAAAAAACUUAGAUUUUUAUGACUUUUCAAAAUCGUAAAACUCAUAAGUCUUCCGAUUGAACGUUAGAUUCGAUUCCUUAGUUAAUCUAUUAAUCCCCAAGCUAAAUCUACACAACGACUUGAACAUGAGAGAAAAG